CUCUUUAAUUACUGUGGUCUUAAUAUUUAGAUUUCUUAUGCUCUUUCGUAGCCUCUCAAUCAUCUCGUUCUUCACUCGCCUCAUGGUCCCAAAGGCAAAUAUCGCGACAUCACAAUGGAUUACAAAGCUGCGCUGGUGAAUGGAAUUGAUUCAGAUUCAAAGAGCAAUUCAGAUGCGGUAACGAGCCAUAUCGCAAGCGUGCCAGUCACAUUCCAGCGGAAGCCGUUCCUCCAGCCGGAAGACGACGUGAAGCUCACGCAUACAGGAACCGCUAGGGCUAAUAUAGCUGCAACGUACGAGCACCCCGAAGGCACACAGGAAGGUAAUUGGGCAAGAGAGCAUCAAAAUCAGACGGUUUUGCAGCAGCAUUGUGAUUAUUUUGACCAGGAUAAAGACGGCAUAGUGUGGCCGCUAGAUACAUUCAGAGGCUUCCGCGCGCUGGGCUUCAAUAUCCUAUUCUGCCUACUAUCUGUCUUAAUUAUCCAUGCAGGCUUUUCCUACCCAACAGUCCCCGGGCACCUCCCCGAUCCCCUUUUUCGCAUCUACCUCCAAAAUAUCCAUAAAGACAAGCAUGGAAGCGAUAGCGGAACAUAUGACAAUGAAGGACGCUUCGUGCCUCAGAAAUUUGAGGAUAUAUUCUCCAAGUACGCCGACGACAGGGAUUAUGUCACUCUGAGAGAUGUUUGGAAUCUGCUAAAGGGUCAGAGAGCCCUAGCCGACCCAUUCGGAUGGGGAGGAACCUUUUUGGAGUGGCUUGCAACUUACAUCCUUCUCUGGCCUGACGACGGACGAAUGAUGAAGGAGGACAUCCGGAAGAUGUACGACGGAAGUCUGUUUUAUGAGAUUGCAAAGAAGAGGAAAACUGCAGGCAAAUAAGUUGGCGACGAAUGCCAUGCUCGUCGAAGAAAAAGUGUGAGAGAGAAGUAUAGCCGCCAGAUAUGAGAUGAUGUAGCAACGCUCCGCAAAAGUUUAUCUGAUAAAUACCAAUCGUAUAGCAAUUAACGAACAAAUUAGCUGUUGAUAUCUCUAGCACGCCUGUUACUCUUGUCUCAAACCGAUAAAUGUAAAAUUGCAAAAAUUCAUUACAAGCUAUUCAAC